AUGAAUAAAACAGCAGCAUAUACAUGCUUAGGUGCAAAUGAUCCAACAGCUGAUUUAAUUGAUCGUACAAAUAAAUAUCUAUUAGAUCUACGAUUAGCUCAUUGGAUUACUCAAAAACAGUAUGAACAAUUGUCAAUUAAACCAAAUGAAGUGAAAUUAGCACACUUAUAUUAUUUACCAAAAGCACAUAAACCUGGCACUCCACUGCGUCCAAUUAUAUCCGGAUUAAAACACCCGACUAUUAAAAUUUCAAGACUCCUCGAUAAAAUGCUUCGACCAUUAUUUGAUCGACUAGCACGUGAUACAACAAUUACUUCAGGAUCUGAAUUGGUUAAAAAUUUAUAUAAUUGGUCAAAAACUAAUCUACGUCAAGAUACUUUAUUCUGUACAUUAGAUGUAGUUGAUUUAUAUACAGUGAUACCACAAACUGAUGGAAUAUUAGCAAUCAGAAGAAUGCUAGAUUAUCUUAAUGUUAAACAAGUCGAUGGUUUAAAAAUUGAAACAAUUAUUAGAUUAGGCCGAUUUGUAAUGCAAAACAAUUAUUUCCAGUACAAUAAUCAAUUCUAUCAUCAAGUACGUGGUGGUGCAAUGGGUUCACCAUUAACGUUGACUAUGGCUAACUGUUACAUGUAUUUUUUCGAACAAAAAAUAGUGAAACAGAUACAAAACAGUGGUGGUCUCUAUGUUCGUUAUAUUGAUGACAUUUUCAUAUCUAUAAAUUGGCCACAACAGCAUCUGACAAAACAGAUUAAUAGAUGGAAUGAAUGCGAUAUAAAUAUAAAAUUAAGUGCACAAAUGAGUUCAACGAUUAAUUUUCUCGAUCUCGAUAUAGCAAUUAAUGAUAAUCAACUGCAUACAAAAGUAUAUCAUAAGCCGUCUUAUAAUUUGUAUUUUUUACCUUAUAAUAGUGUACACCCAUUGCACAUGAAGAAGAAUGUUCCAUAUGCCAUGUUGUAUCGAACCAUACAAUACUGCUCAACGUUCGACACAUUCAUAACUGAACGUGAAUAUAUACGAACUGCUCUUCUUCUUAACAAAUAUCCAACACAUUUCAUCGAUAGAGAAUUUACUCGAUUACUUAAGAAAUUCAAUGUUCAACAUCCUCUUACUCGGUAUAAUUAUAAUGAAAUACGACAAGGUAUUAUUGAUUCACCAGUAAAAGAAAAAAUAACAUUCGACUAUGGACAAACAAUGUUCGUUCACUUCACAUAUUGUGAGAAUAUGAAAACAUUUCCAGGAAAAUUCCAUAAUAUAUGGAAUAAGUACUUUGGUGAAUCGCCUAUCAAUGAUAUUAAACCGAUAUUAGGAACUAGAAAUGCCAAUAAUUUACAACUACAAUUAGUAAAAAACAAAUGA